CAUCUGAGCGAUCAGUUGUAUUUUACGUAUUGAGACGAACAGUUCUACAGUUUGGAAAUGGAUUCAAAGACCUUCGUAUUGCUUCUGUUGGUUGCCUGCUUGUGUGUGGCCUGCUGUGUGGCAGCGCCGCAGGGAUGCAGCGGAGGACUAUCUUCCAGGAAUGGCGAUAUCACCAUUGAUCUGCACAAUUUGAAUGGGUUCUUGAACUGCGUGGAGAGGCAGCACCGCAGAAGUGGAUGACAUCUAUUUCAUAAUCGCAGUCCUGACUUAAUAUAAUUUGUGUGUGUUGUCCAGUACUUCAAUGUGAAACCUAUAAUUAAAUUCAUCACAAUAAAUGGAGUGUGCAAUAGAAAA